AUGACAACAUAUAGCUGCGCCUGGCCGUCAGGCAUGGCCUAUAUACCAGCUUCAAGCCCCUGUGGACCCAUCAAUGAGACGAAUCCAGUCGUCUCAUGUUGCGCAGAUGGAGAUUUUUGUCUUUCUGACAAUAUCUGCGCAUAUACCUCUCAUAGUAAUGUCGGUGGGAGUGGAUACUAUUCCGCCGGCUGCUCAGAUGGGACGCUUAUGGAAAAGGGCUCAAGCUCGGCGUGCUCAAAUCGAUGUGCCGAUACUGGUCUGCCCGACGUUGUUUAUGACAGUUCAUCUGGUUCCUGGAAAUGCUGUGGAGGAAAUGAGAGUGAACGAAAAUGCCAGUCACCAACGAACGAGACGUUCAUUGGGGGUGCUCCUUCGAAUCUUUUCACGAUAUGGGUUGCUGGAUCUAGUACAACGAUAGCAUCGACAUCGACAUCGGCAUCCACGUCAACUACUUCUAAAACGACAUCUCCAUCUACGUCCACAUCGUCAUUGACGUCAACAUCAACAUCCUCAACAUCCUCAACAUCCACAACGUCAACCACGAUAUCGAUAUCAUCAGCAUUAUCAACAACAAUGGCAUCCGCAACUACAACCCCAACCCCAACUACGUCGCCUACUUCAACCGCCGAAAUACACACCCCUAACACCAGCCGCCCUUCAGAGCUAUCAGUCGCAGCCAAGACAGGCAUCGGGAUCGGUGCGGGCGUAUUAGUGCUUGUUCUUCUUGCUUUCAUAUCGUUAUAUUUCCACCACCGUCGUCGCCGGCAACGAGCCGUUAAACUUCAGGAUAUAGCGCCGACAAAGGGAUACCCAAUGUCAUCGUCAUCAGCUAAAACACUAUAUGAACUACCUCCGACGCCUAAACCACAGGAGCUUCCACCGAAUACCAGGCCAUUGGCUGAGCUAUAUUAA